UGCUAAUGCCCUGCUCCCUGUUGUCCCUAGUUCCAACCGUCGGCUCUGAGUCUCAUCCUUUACUGCAGUACGGUUUAAAAAAACCGUUGGCUCUGGUUUAUCCCAACCGGAGGAGCUGCUGCUGCUGCUGCUGCUGUAGUAACACCGGCUUGUGUUUUAGUCCUGUCAGCUCAUUCAUACAAUCCUAUUUGGAGCUGUUCAUACCUACCUUGCCGGCUCUAGCUACCGACCUCAACACCGCCGCCAGGAGAGAAACUAACCAACGGAAAAAAAAAACCCAAAACAAAACAGAAGAAGACUAGCGGUCAGAACGCGACGGUUGGAGCGCGAGCCUGCCGACCAACCGCUACCGGCCGAUGACGUACGGUGGAAUUGUUGAAAAAGAGGAGGAGUCUAUUUGUGAGCGAGAGAGCGGAGAGCGGGUUUGUGUCCGAGUAUAUACACAAAGUACACAGUUUGUGGCACCGCUCACUAGUUUCCCCCCCUCCCCUCAACCGGAUAAGACACCGGUGGACUGAUACCGCACAUCCCGACCGCAACGGUUGUCGUUAACACACAACAGAGGCGCGGAAGAGUUGAACAGCGGCUGAAGGAGAAGAACAAGGAGGAGGAGACAAGUCUGCUUACCGAUCGAGGCUGAAAAUCGCGGGAACAUCAUCGCUCGGCAACGCGAAGUUUCGGUGAGUCGAGGUUGUCGAAGAAUUCUGUGGUAAAUCCAUGACCAGGAACCUUUCUGCUUGAAGACAGCAAUGGAAGUUGUUGUGACAGAGGAGAAGAAGAAGAUUUUCCGUGCUAGGAAAACCAUGAAGAUCAGUGAUCGACAGCAACUGGAGAGUCUUCACAGCACUUUGUUGACAGCUGCUCCAGGUUUGUCUGACACAUCUCCACCACCUCUAAUGAAUGGCACGCACAAAGAGGAUGGACAGAAAAUGGGGGACAAAGAGCUUAACAACAUCUCGGACUCAAACUCCCCCUCUGCUGCAUCCCCUGCCUCUCCGACCUCUCUGAGCUCUCCUGCUCCUUUCCUGUCCCUAAAUCUAUCCCCUUCCCCUGACUCUUCACAAAGCCCAAAAGAAAAGGAAGACUCUCCUUCUUCUCCCUCAUCACCAUUCCACAGUCUAAACUUUGAACUGAAAAAGAUGGAGGAAGGGGAAAAGAAAGGUUCUUUGCCGUCCUCAUCAAAUGAGUCUGUUACACCAGCAUCAACAGAAUCCAAGGAAAACCAGGAAAAAGACACAGGGGAGAACCCAGAGAUGGAAAAGAAAGAGGCUGAACAGACUUCAACAAAGGACCCAGCUGUGGAUUUGGUGAAGGAUUUAAAAGGUUUGGGUUCAUGUUCGUCUGUGCCACCGCCAGUAUCUGACUGCACAGAACCAAUGGAUACAGAUAAUGACACUAUAAAGGACCCCGAGGGCUCCACAGCCAAAGAAAAAGACGAAAAGCCUUCUUCCCCCAAAGCCACCACUUCCGAUUCCUCUGUUCCUUGUCCUUCCUCGUCUCGUCCAGCUUCCUCUUCUUGUGCGGAUCUAAAACAAGAAAAGGAAAUAAAAGAUCAAGAAAUUAAAAAAGAGGAGAUUGAAAAAGAGGAUGGGAAGAAGGGAUCGAUAAAUGAGACAAAGAUGGAGUUGGACUCCGUGAAAGUAGAGACCAAAAAGGAAAAAACUGAAGUUAGACAAACCACAAAGCCAUCUCGGCCAUCAUCCACUCCACCAUCUAACACAGUAGUGCAAGAGGAGAAGGGCUCCACCUCUGGACUGAAGCGCACUUUAUCAGAGGGUUACGAAAAAGAUGGACAAACCGUAAAAAGAGAGGGGAAGAGGCCCAAGGUGGAACGUGAGGAGUUGGAGGCUCAACUGGAACUUAAAAUUACUGCAAAAGCUGGCAGUCACCAUAAACUUGAAAAGAUUGUGCAACAGCUAGUGGAUGAACGGUUGCGAGCCUUGCAGCUGACCAUUUUUGAUAAACAUUUCGAAGAGCUGAAAGACAGAGUAGACAAGAUUGACUGUGCCACUAAACACCAAACCGCCAUUAACACACUCCAAGCUAAGAUAGCCCGACUAGCAAAAAAGUUUGGAGAGGCCAAUCAGGCGUCAGAGAACAAAAGGAAACAAGAAGCGCUUGCUGCCGUUGCUGCUGCUGCUGCUGCUGCUACUGCUGCUGCUACUGCUGCUGCCAAGACCGCAACUGUUGCAAACAACCCUCAAGUUCAACGGCCAGUCCGGACAUCCAUGGAGGUAAAGCAGACUCCAACAACUGUUUCUUCGUCCAGCUCAGCUGCAAAUCUAGCCCUGUCAGCUCCACCAGCCUUGGCUCCAGCUCCAACACCCACCUCCACUGCCAUGGUUACACAGGCCCCCAUUCUCCAGCUGAUCACCUCCACCUCUAAUGCUGCCUCCACAUUGGCCACCGGCAUCACCACUCAAAGUCCCACAGGCACCCUGCUGCUGAAAACGACCGCCGGCAGCAGCAUGAUGACUACGGGCCAGCCGCUCCUCAUCCAGCUGCCUUUAUCAAUGGCUAAUGGCCAGGCAGGAACGCUGGUCAACAUUCCUGUUUCCUCUUUGUCCGCAGCCAGCUCGCUCAACAAGGCCAAAACUACUUCCACCGCCACUUUUAUACUCAAGCCUGCUCCCGCCAUCACCACAGCAGCAGUCUCUACCCCAGCUUCUGCCACUGUCCCAACGCUCCAGGCCUCCACUUGCCAGAUGUCCCAGAUCUCUCUUGCCCGUGCUGUGUACCAGGGGGGCGCUGGGGGAAUAACUACACCUAACGCUGGGGUAUCCGUGACCACAGCCAGGACACCAGCUCAGUCUGUCUCUGUAGCGGGAGCUAUGUCUUCAGCCUCUUCACCUGCAACCACUGGGCCGGCAGCAACGGGCUCCACUGCUCCAGGACCACCACAAGGGACGUCUCUGACAUCGAAGACAGUGCAAAGUCCUGAUCCAUCAGCUGUGCCUGCUGUACCAAGACAACUCAGUCCACCACGAGAUGAGGAAGCUGGCCCAAAAAACCCACUUUCAGCCGUGAGGCGUGAAACGGCGAAAGACGGCACAGUGUGGACCUAUAUAGAGUUGGGUGAAGACAGAGGAAGGCGACAAUGCCAAAAUGUGAUCACAGAAGCUGCAGGCCCCACAGUGCACGCCAAGCGCAAUAUUGUAGAUGCCCUUACAGCCUUUUUGUGUUUGGUGGAUGAUGACACGCUGAAACACAUCAGGGACUGCACCGUGGCUGAGGCCCACCGAGUCAAGGAGGACAAAAUAUGGGACAUGACAGUUGAAGAGCUAAAAGCCUUCAUUGGUCUUAUUUACAUUCAGGGCGCGCAAGGUGGUAAAGGGAUGGAUUUGGCGAGCUUUUGGUCAGCCGAGUGGGGCUGCGCUUUUUUCAAGGAGACCAUGUCCCGAAACAGGUUCCAGGAAAUCAUGCAAUUCCUGUGUUUCGACAGAAGGGAAACCCCACACACACGCCUGCGAGACAACAAGUUUGCCCUUAUGAGUGAUGUUUGGGACAGAUUUGUACAAAACAGCAUCGGCUGCUACAAGCCGGGUGCCGACAUCACUGUGGAUGAGCAGCUACUCCCUACAAAGGCAAGGUGCAGCUUCCUCCAGUAUAUGGCAAACAAACCGGACAAAUUCGGAAUCAAAUUCUGGCUUGCUGCGGAUGUCGACACCAAAUACAUGGUAAACGGUGCGCCUUAUCUGGGCAAAGAAGAGACGAGGGGGCCAGGUCAACUUGGAGACAGUGUGGUGCUGAAAAUGGUCGAGAGGAGAAGGCAGUGCCAAGUAAGGAGGAACUGCAAAAAAAAUAAAACCAAGGAGACAUGUGCUAAAUGUCACAAAGUAGUGUGUGGGAGCUGCACACGGAAGGCGGUGUUUACCUGUGUGGACUGUGCGUAAGCGUCAGUGAAUGAUAUGGGGUGUUUGCGCCGUUCAAAUGAGCCUACUUGGAGGAAAACGUGUUAAUCUGAUUUUGUUCGUUGAUAUUUUUUGUUCACUGAAACUAAUCGUUACUUUCUAAAGCAGUUUGUUUUCUUGUUUAGCAAAUGUUUGUUUUUUCUUAGCCUGUUUUUGUGUGUACUGUAUUGUGCUGCAUAAAGAUCGAUGUAAUUGUCUCCAAAAAUUCACAACAUAUUCUGCUUCACUCCAUAUUUGUUGGCAUUUAUGUAAUCAAAAACAAUAUUUUCAGUGCGGUGAAAAAAAUCUUUUUGACGCAAAAAUUUCCUCACACAGAGAGGCAGCACCUGUCGGGGCAAUCUUUCUUUUGAGCUUGUUUUAAGGGUGAUGAUGUCAUAACAUGAUGACAGGAAUUAAAAACUUCAUACGAAAACUUAAGGAGAAGGUUCAAAUGUAGAUAUGACAUGACGAAAAUGACGUUCAGUACGGCCGUAUGAACGGUCAGAAUGACCGCUAUGGUCGUUCUAGUAGUUAUGGAAUUCCGGUAGUUCUAGUUCUAGUGUUAAUGGGGACACAAGACUGCAUGUUUUCAUUGACAACAGUUCGAUUAAAUUUUAUCAUAAAUGUUGGAGGAGAGGAAACAACCUUUUGUGCGAAGAUUUCUUCCCAAUUAUUGGCCCAGGAUAAAGUUUGAACAGACAACAACAGCAUAUUGAUCAAAUUUAAAACUAAUCGUCUCUGCAGUCAACUUAUACCCAUUAAUACCUGGGUCCACCCUUGACACCACGAUCUCAUGGUCUCCCCUUUUACUUUACAGCUUUAGCAUCUUUACAGCUCGUGUAAAGUACUUGACAGAGGGGCUAUUGGAAAAAGGAAUGGUCACACAACUUACGUUUCCCUGGUGAUAAGAUAUGAACAUGGGAUUGCUUUCAAUCCAUCGACUAGAAGAGGAACACUGCAAAGUAUGACAGACUGUUCAAGAUCAAAUCCCUGUACACUGAGAUACUCAAUGCCUGCAAAGUACACUGCUAUGUGGGGUCUACAAAAUAUUUGUGCUUGCAUACUCCUUAACAGCCUACACAUGGAGGGGAACAGUGUGCACGUUCCAGGCCAGGGUUUGAGCUGCCAUCAGUAAUGGAUCUUAUGGCAUAUCUUCUGCUCGGUCGGGGCUACAGACUAUUCGUGGACAAUAUCUAUACCAAAAAUUGGCCAUUGAUUGGUUUUCCAAAGAACAAACAGAGUGACCAAAAAGGGGAGAAAUGCAGUGGAUAAGACAAAACAAACUUCUGUUUGUGAAAUGGAUGGACACUUGUGAAGUGUGCUCUACUGUGCAUGAAGCAUUCAGCAGACAAACUGUGAAGAGGAGAGUGAAAGAGGCUGCUGUGUGGCGAGCCAAGAAUGUGACCAUUCCAGAUCCUGUUUUUGAGGACAGUUGCAUCAUGGGUGGCUUGAAUAUUUUGAUCCCCAAAACAUUUUGUGGCCCUUGCUUUGUACAGUUUUCUUCUCAACAAGGAAGUGUACAAAAAGAAGAAUGGUCUCACCAUGAAAAGGCCAUUCAUCCAGAAGUGUUUCAGGGAAUGUUGGAGUUUGCCAAAACCUGCACCACCAACACCAACCUCCUGCAUACUAUGUAGACAAUGGUAACCAAUCCAGGAGCUACUAUAAAGGAUGCUGGCAUCAAAAGGGUGAAGACACCUGUGUACUGCACGAGAUACCAGGUCCUUCUGUGUUUCACUGAACAACAGGAACUGCUGCAAGCAUUGGCACACCAAAUGAGUCUAAACUGCAGUUGACCUCCUUUCUUUGCCUUUCCUCUCAAAAAAAGCCAAUUUUCCUGACAUCCACCAGUUCAGAUAUAUUGACCUAAUAUUAUUGUAUUUGAUACAAUUUUGUAUACAUUUUAUGUGAUAUAAAUUUGCUCCAUUUUGAGUCAAAAUUGCCAUUGUAUGCCAUUACUUUGAAUGGGAACAUGUAAGAGGUCUGGAUGAUUUUUCUGAGAUGGAAUGAAUACCUGUAGUGGCAUGUAAGUGGAGAAAGUUCAGUUGCUACAGGUGGUAACUAAAUGGCCAAAUUUGAGCCUCCAGCCAAACUAAAACCUCUCUAACUUU